GUUUUGAAAAAGAAAAUGGAGCAUAUAUGGAACGGGGAGCAGGGGACACUGGUCAAUGAACUGAUUCAAGGAAUGGAGUUAGCGGAACAGCUAAGGUUGCAUUUGGAUACAGCGUCUUCUGCUGAAUCCAGGGACUCGCUAGUACAACAGAUUGUAUCUUCGUAUGAGAAAACUCUACUGAUUUUGAAAUCCAAUGGAUCUAUGGAUCAGCAGCAGCCACAACAGAAUGGGGUUGCAACAUCCGGUGUGCCGGAGUUGCCUCUAUCGAUCGAUGGCAGCGCUCGGAGAGAUGAUUUGGAUAAGGAAAACCAGGAUAGCAGAGAUAUCUCAAAGAAGAGAAAUAUGUUGCCGAGAUGGACGGACCAGGUGAGAAUUACUUCCGAAAGCCUGUUGGAAGGGACUCAUGAUGAUGGCUACAGUUGGAGAAAUAUGAGCAAAAAGACAUCAUAUUUCAUUUGCAAUAAUAUGAGUGCUUGGACGGACCAGGUGAGAAUUACUUCCGAAAGCCUGUUGGAAGGGACUCAUGAUGAUGGCUACAGUUGGAGAAAUAUGAGCAAAAAGACAUCAUAUUUCAUGUUUUUCGACUAA